ACGGACUGCCUCUCUCCUCGUGACCCGCGUGACGGGGCGGGGCUUUGCAGACGGAUACGCGGAGCCCUUACGUAAGCGAGGCGGUCGUUGUUGCCAGGAGACGGCACUGGUUAAAUAACCAAGGAGCGGCGGGGCUUACGUAACGAACGCUGGGAGUUGCAGCUCCUUCGCCUCGUGAGUGGGCGUGGCCAAGGCGGGCGGGGCUGCUUUGGCCACGCCCCCGCGAAAGGGCGGUUGGGCCGACGCAGAAGGCGCCGUGACGUCAUCGCGCCAGGGGCGAGCCGGACCACUCCGCAAGUAUCGAAGGCGCGGAUUGGCCGCGCCGUGAGGGCGCCCGAAGGGAAGGACUAGGCCGAGCGCAGCCGCCGGAGAGGCCCCAGUUCGAGCGAGCGAGCGAGCGGAGGGCGGGUUGCCCUCAAAAUCCAGGCCCCGAGGGGAGGGGGGUAAGGACAGGCCCCGCCCCUUCCGCCGCCCGCGGAGGCCCUCCCUCUCCCUUCGGAGCCCCGGAAGUGAUCGGCAGGCAGCGCUGCGCCCCCAAGGCGCCUUCCGGCGCUGACGCGGUCCCCCUCCUCCUUGUUCCCCGACAGGCGCCUCGAUGGCGGAGGAGGAGGAGGAGCAGCAGCAGCAGCAAUGCCAGCAGGAGCCGGUGGCGGGGCAUCCGCUGCUGGUGCAUCCGCAGUACAUGUGCUCAGAGUGCGGGCUGCUGUCGGACUCGCUGGAGGGCGUCCUGGCCCACCACCGGAGCCACCUGCCGGGCCCCUGCCCCGCCACCGCCCCGCGCGAGGGGGGCUUCCGCUGCCUGGAGUGCGGCUGCGUGCUCUCCUCCCCGGACGGGCUCUUGGCCCACCAGGACGCCCACCCCAGGGAGAGCCACCCUCCGCGCAGCAGGCAGGCGGCGGCAGCGGCAAUGUCCCUGGGGCAGAUCCACUUCCAGUGCGGAGAGUGCCAGGAGCUCUUCCCCUCCACGGCCCUCUGGCUGGCCCACCGGCAGCGCCACCGCAAGCAGGAGGAGGCAAUGCCAGCCCCGGAGCCCUACGAAUGCUCAGAGUGCGCCCGCCUCUUCCUGACCCCUGAGGAGCUGCUGGAGCACCAGGGAGAGCACUUCGCGGAGACCGAGAAGGAGAGCGCGGAGACCCCUGCCGACGAGGAGGAGGAGGAGGAGGACCCCGGCCCCCAUGCCGCCUCCCCUCUGCCGCGCCCCCAAGCGCCCCCUCCGGACCCCCAGGCAGCCUCCUGCGCAGAGGGCAAGUGGGCGCCUGCCACGGCGGAGCCCCUGCGGCAGUGGCCUCACCACCAGCGCGACCACGAGGAGGAGUUCCUGUGCGGCGAGUGCCGGCGCGGCUUCUCCACGGCCAAGCGGCUGCUGGCCCACCAGCGCGUCCACGUGGACGGGACCCACGAGUGUCCCAACUGCAACAAGGUCUUCAAGAAGGCAGCCUCCCUGGAGCAGCACAUGAGGGUCCACAAGGGAGAGGCCCUCUACCUCUGUGUCGACUGCGGCCUGGGCUUCUCCACCGAGAUGACACUGGUCACGCACCGCAAGGCCCACACCGCCAACCCCCUCCACCGCUGCCACUGUGGAAAGACUUUCAGCAACAUGACCAAGUUCCUCUACCACCGGCGCACGCACGCAGGAAAGAGCGGGGUGCCCCCACCGCGCAGGGCACCGGACAGCGGCAGCAACGGUCAGCCUGCGCAGCCGUCCCUGGGCGAGGGGGGGCCGGUCGUGAAUGGCUCCGGGGGCCCCGCCUCCUCCUCCUGGACACCCUCGGCUUCCUCCCCGCUGCGGGGGGUGGCAGCAGAAAUGCCCAGCACGGGGUUCCUGUGUCCGCAGUGCGGCAAGGGCUUUUCCACCUACAUCCGGAUGGUGCGGCACAAGCGGGUGGUCCACGUCCUGGAACGCAAGCACAAGUGCCCAACUUGUGGCAAGAAGUUCAAGAAGCUGGUGCAUGUGCGGAACCACCUGCGGACCCACACGGGCGAGCGCCCCUUCCAGUGCUCUGAAUGUGGCAAGACCUUUGUCUCACAGGCCAACCUGGCACGGCACCAUGUCACCCACACCGGAGAGCGCCCCUACCAGUGCCAGGUGUGCAGCAAGCGCUUCACCCAGUCUUCCAACCUUCGGCAGCACCGUCUCCUCCACCUGACCUCCUCUGGCCAGGGACCCCACACCUGCAAGGACUGCGGGGCCGCCUUCGCCCGCCCCCACCAGCUGGCCCUCCACCAGACAACCCACACUGGGCGCUUGCCCUUCCCAUGCCCUGAGUGCGAGAAGUCUUUCCCUCGGCGACGCCUCCUGGAGCUGCACCGGCUUAGCCAUGCCGGGCACGAGCCCCAUUGCUGCCCAGACUGUGGCGCCUUGUUUGCAGCAGCUGCCAAGCUGCAGGAACACCGCUGUGCCCGUCGACGAGAGCCAGCCCCCCCUCAGUCAUACCCCUGCCUCUCAUGUGGCAAGUACCUGGGGUCGCCGGCCAAGUUGGCUGUCCACCAGCUGGCGCACUCAGGCCAGCGCCCAUACCCGUGCCCGCUCUGUGGGAAGGCUUUCACCACCCCCAGUGGGCUGAGCCGGCACCAGCAGCGCCAUACUGGUCUGCGGCCUCACAAGUGCCCAGUCUGCACCAAGAGCUUUGUGGCGGCCUCAGGACUCCAACUUCACCAGCGCAUCCACACUGGCGAGCGUCCGUUCCCCUGCCCAGAGUGCGGUAAGGCCUUCCGGCAGGCCACCCACCUUCGGGAGCACCGGCGCCUCCACACGGGCGAGCGCCCUUACCGGUGCCCAGAGUGCGGCAAGGCCUUUGUGCAGUCCAUGCAUCUGGCCGAGCAUCGGCGCAUCCACACUGGUGAGCGGCCCCACCCCUGCCCUCAUUGCCCCCGGACCUUCAAGACACUUUCCCACCUGCGGAGCCACCGCAAGACCCACAUGGAACUAGCACCAAGCCAGCGGGGGCAGGAGGAGGAUCCACUGCCACCACCUUCUGCUGAAUCAGCUCUGGGGACGCCUGGCCAGCCUGUGCAGACCAUCAUGUGCACCGAGUUCGGAGAGACAAUCGCCAUCAUUGAGAGCGCUGAGCCCCUUCCGUUGGUGGAGACAAUAGAGAUUUACCAGGCCACACUGGAAGGGAGCCUCCAGAUCAAUGCCUUCGUCUAGGAGCAGAGCAGCCUCGGCAAAGGGCUGAGCCUCACUUCUCCUGGCAGCUGAGCCCAGGUGCUGGCUGUGCAGGGCUCAGAGGUGCCCAGUUGCAUUUGGGGCUGGAGCCAGGUUCUGCUCCGUGCUCCUCUUUCUCAAAGCAAUGCCUUGUUGCUGUGCGUGCACCAAGGUGGCGAUAGUGGCCAUGAUUUAUGGAAUAAGGCCGGUGACACACACCUCUUCUGAUAUUUAUUUUAUUUUUCCAAAGGGAUUGUUAGGUUAACUUCUUUUGCCAGUUUUGUCUCUGCCAGAGAGGGCCCUGGAAGCGGACUGGAUGCUUAAGAGUCUGACCGCUUCCCAUCAGCCAUUCCAUUAAAUUAUUCCUCCGCUGUUAGAAAA